AUGCAUUCGCAUCAUGCUCAAUAUGUUAUUGCAGAACCACAUCGCACCUGCGGAGUUCGCACGGCAAGGCGGGCCAGGGUGGUUGGAGGUCAAACGGCAUACGAUGGAGAAUUCCCCUGGCUGGUGUCCAUCCAAUUUGUACCAUCCUUGGGCGAGAACAAAUGCGGUGGCACUAUACUAAACGAGAGAUGGAUUCUCACAGCGGCUCAUUGCUUUUACGGGUACAAGAAAUCCAACUUUGUGGUAAAGGUGGCUGAAUACAACCUGCGCCAGAAGGAGCAUCGUAUGCCACCGACAACUAUUCCGAUUGACAAGCUGGUGCUGCACCCUGAUUACCGCAAGGUGAAGAAGUAUGACAACGACAUCGCACUGGUGCGGCUGAGCCGGGCUAUCCGCUACAGCGCCUACGCACAGCCAGCAUGCCUCCCAGGGCUCACACUAGCCGACACAACCGGCAUCAACGUGACCGUGGUAGGAUGGGGACAAGUGGCCGAAGAUCUAACAAGAACUCCAGAGGUACCCCGGAAAGCAACCCUCACCGUUUUCGACAAUCAAAUUUGCAACACAUGGCUUUCAAACCAUUCUAUGCGGGUUCUGGAUAACCACAUGUGUGCCGGCAUUGAGCAGGGAGGAAGAGAUGCCUGUCAUGGAGACUCCGGCGGACCCUUGCUUGCUGUCAAUGAGAGGCGAUACGUCGUCGUCGGCGUGGUGGCAGCGGGUGACGGAUGUGCCCAACCUCGCUCGCCCGGCAUCUACACCAGAGUGACGGCCUUCCUGCCCUGGAUCAUGGACCACAUCACCGAAGACGACAACCAGGCUUACGUUGCAAAAUUCUGA